AUGGAGGUCUCCGUGGAAGAGAAGUUCAAACGGGUUACAUCAUGGCUAAAAGAACUAUAUGAGGAUGAGCCUUUUCCACUCCACGAGAUAAAUGGAGAGACAAUCGAUGCCUUGUAUCAGCUUUCAGAAUACAAUGAAGCUGUAGAGAAGAAUUUUGCUUUACUGAUAGAAGACAUGAAGCAGAGUGCAACAGAAUAUGAAGAAAAAGCUAAGGAUCUACAGAGCAUUCUGAGAGGAAGACUGGCUAUCUCCCUAUCUAAUCUGUCUAGUGAAGGCCUCAGGAACAUCGAUGUCCUGGUGAACAGUGCGAUGACACUUGACACAAAGGAUACUUCUCUUAACAGCUUCUUCAGUGCUAUCAAUGACAUGACUUCUGAGCUAUAUGAAACAGAACUAAAAAACAGAGAAAUGGAACUGGAAUUGAGCAAUAUGAAGAAAAAACUAGCUGCAGCAGUGGUAUGGGAAAACCAGUUGGAAGAGGAUGUUAAAAAAUCAAAGGAACAAAUGGAAUUGGACAAGUUGAGUGUUGACAGACGACGGAAUAAUUUUGACUUCCUGGAAAAGAAAACUCUGGAUAUGAACGUCAGAAUCAUGGUUGCUGAGAAUAAGCUUGCUGCCACGGGGUUGGACCAGUCACUGACACAUGAGGCACUCAUGAGCCUGUCCGAGAAAGUGGCUGAAGAUCAGAAAGAACUAGCGAAUUUGAAGAGUGAACUGGAGGUCUACCAAGAUUUAUCUCCUAGUCUUUCCGUUGCACAAGUGAAGGUUGAAGAAAUAAAACGAGAACUGAAAGCCUUGGAAGAAGAGCUCACAGAAGAGGUUAAUACUAUGUUUUUAAAGGAAUUUUAA